AUGUUAAGGACUCAAUUACCUGGAAUAAGAUCCAGUACGUAUAGGACAUUUUCUAUCCUUUCGACUCUAAAACAAAAUGCAUCAUCAUCAUCGCCAGCAAAGCCAAAAAGCAACAAGCAACCCAGUUUGACUCAGAUAGAUCAGUUCGAGAAUUUAUCAGAUGCACAAAUUGCAUACUUAGACAGAGUCAUAAGAGUGGAUCAAGCAGGUGAAUUAGGUGCUAACUAUAUCUAUCAAGGUCAACAAUUCAUCUUAUCUGAAAAAUAUCCACAUCUUAGACCAAUUUUAAGACACAUGUGGUUACAAGAAGUUCAUCAUCAUAAUACCUUCAACGAAUUACAAAUACGUAAAAGAGUAAGACCUUCUUUAUUGACACCAUUAUGGAAAGUGGGGGCUAUCGCAAUGGGUGCUGGUACUGCAUUAAUUUCACCAAGAGCUGCAAUGGCUUGUACUGAAGCAGUGGAAACUGUCAUUGGACGUCAUUAUAACGAACAAUUACGAUGUUUAACUAAUCAAUUCCAAUUGGCAAAAGUAAAUGAAAAGGGAGAAACUGGGAUGAGCCCAGAGGUUAAAGAUAUCGUUGAGAAGAUUAGACAAUUUAGAGACGAUGAAUUAGAACAUCUAGAUACUGCUAUUGAAAAUGACUCUAAAUUGGCUGUGCCAUAUAAGGUUAUUACUGAAGGUGUUAAAACUGUUUGUAGAAUUGCAGUCUGGACUGCUGAAAGAAUUUGA